GAGGAGGAGGAUAUUUCAACCCGGAGCAAAGUGGGGACUUCCCAUCAUUUGACUACGACCAAGGCUGUAGCGCAGGGGUACGCAACUCCAGGCCUCAAGUGCCUCCAGUGUCCUGUGGGUUUUAGAUUUCACCCUGGAUCAACAAACCUGAAUCAAAUGAUUCGUUCAUUCCCAGGCCUCUGGAGAACUUCAAGACAUGUUGAGGAGGUCAUUUAGCCAUCUGAAUCAGCCGUGUUGGAUCAAGGACACAUCUAAAACCUGCAGGACACCAGCACUUGAGGCCUGGAGUUGCGUACCCCUGCUGUAGCGCCUCCAGGGAGAUGACUGAGGCUGCUGCCUUACUGUUUUACCACUGAGAGGAUUUGUGUACAUAUAAUCUCUGACUAGCCAACCUGGGUCAGCCGGGCAGACACGGGGACCAUGACAUAAACUUACCUGAAACCAGCUUUAUUAUUUGCAAGACAUCUCUUCGAAGAAGGAAAUACAACAAAGAGAUGUUACACAACAUACUUUUGCUUUUUGUGGGUCUGCUGUCAUUGGAACAUGUGUCCUUUGCAGAGGUUCCUUCUUCACAAAUAGUAAAUAUCACAGAAACAAGAGAGUAUGCUGAGAGGAUGCAGAACUUCACCAGGACAAACUCUGAGCGCUUGGAGAAACUGAGGAACAGAUCCAUUCGUGCUGCAAGGAGCUGUAAAGAGCUCAGGGACAGAUAUGAUGAACGAGAAGAUGGAGUAUACUACCUGACAACAGGUAAUGGCAUGCUGUACCAGACUUACUGUGACAUGACCACAGCUGGAGGCGGAUGGACGCUGGUGGCGAGCGUCCAUGAGAACAGCAUUUAUGGAAGGUGCACUGUGGGAGAUCGCUGGUCCAGCCAACAGGGCAACAAUGCUGACCUGCCGGAUGGAGACGGGAACUGGUCCAACAGAAACACCUUUGGAACAGUAGAGAGCGCCACUUCUGAUGACUUUAAGAAUCCAGGUUACUACGAUAUAACAGCUGAGGACAUGUCUGUGUGGCACAUUCCCAACAACUUGCCGCUGGAAUUCUGGAACAUGGAAGCUGCAGCCGUCCUCCGCUACCACACUGGAAACCGCUUCCUCAGACUGUAUGGAGGAAAUCUCUUUCAGCUCUUCAAGCAAUAUCCAGUGAGAUACAAUGUUGGGUCAUGCGGUGACAGAGGGCCAGCUAUUCCCAUCGUAUACGACCACGGGGAUAAGGAGUCCACCAGAAUGUUGUAUGGACCCAGUUCAAGAAGGGAGUUUGAACCAGGCUUCAUCACAUUCAGAGCAAUAAACUAUGAACGUGCCGCCAUGGCUAUCUGCUCCGGUGUCAAGCCAACUGUUGGUUACAACACUGAACAUUACUGUAUAGGAGGAGGAGGAUAUUUCCACCCUGACCAGUGUGGGGACUUCCCAUCAUUUGACUACGACAGACUGGGCAGGGAGCAAGGCUGGAGCGCCUCCAGAGAGAUGACCGAGGCUGCUGUCUUACUGUUUUACCGCUGAGAGGAUUUGUGUACAUGUAGCCUCGACUAUAGUCUGUUCAGCUGUCCCAGCUGUAACCAGAUCAGGUGAAAUCAGGCUCAUUUUACAAUGUUUAUUAACCACAUGGUUUCUGUAUAUCAGAAACCAAAUGGAAAUUAAGAGAUAAUUAAAAGAGUGAUUUUGAAAUUUAACCCACCACCAGAUGGUACUAUGAAUUGUCUAUUCAAAUAAAACAUUAUUGUAAAUCA